AUGGAGAGCGAGUUCAGACCCAGGCUCUGUUUCCUGACAAAAGGAGAACCCGGCUAUGGGUUCCACCUGCGCGGUGAGAGGAGCAGAGGCGGACAGUUCAUCCGCAAAGUGGAGCCCGGCUCCUGCGCUGACCUGGGCGGGCUGCGAUCGGGAGACCGGGUGGUGGAGGUGAACGGUGAGAAUGUGGAGAACCAAACCCACCAUCAAGUGGUGGAGCGUAUCCGUGAAGUGGCCCACCGCACCAGGCUGCUGGUGGUGGACAGAGACACGGAUGAAUACCUCCGCGGCUGUGGCCUGGCCUGCACCGAGGACCUGGCCAUUGAGAUGGGAACCCUGUCCCCACGACCGACACCGGGUCCCACUCCUUCUGCCUCUCCCUUACCCAAAGAGAACUCACCCCUGUCACCCAAACCCAACCACACACACUCGUUUUACCCUCCUGCUGCAGACUCGCCCACACCCACGAUCACACAAGCCGAGGUCAAGAGGUCCUCAGUCACAUCAAGUACAGCGACAGACACAGAGCUGCAGGUGCAUCCCUCACCAGAGCCGACAGUUGAGCUCCUUCCCCGUCUGUGUCACCUGGUCAAGGGGGAGAACGGCUACGGCUUCAACCUGCACAGCAACAAGACAAAGGGUGGACAGUUUGUGCGUUCAGUGGACCCCGGCUCUCCUGCUGAGGGUGGAGACAUCAGGCCCGGAGACAGACUAGUGGAGGUGAACGGAGUGAACAUCGAGGGCCUGAGGCACUCAGAGGUGGUGGCACUCAUUAGAGCAGAGGGGGAGGAAGUGCGCUUCCUAGUGGUCGACCAGGAGACAGACGAGCUCUUUCACAGACUGGGGAUCACACCAACCACCAGCCAUGUCAAAGGUCCAUCACCAAAGCCCUGGACAAAUGGGAGCUCAGCAUCUCAGUCCUCGAGAAGUUCCACCACCCAAUCAGAGAUCAGCAGCUCGGAUAUGAGCUUCCAGGACGACAGGCGUGUUUCGGACCCGUUCGUGGACAGUGGCCUUCGUCUGAGUCCCACAGCCGCUGAGGCUAAACAAAAGGCCCUUUCCAGCCGCAACAAGAAGAGAGCACCUGCUAUGGACUGGAGUAGGAAACAAGAGAUCUUCAGCAGCUUCUGA